AUGCCUGUACUUAGAAAAGAAUUGAGAGAAAUGAGAAUUAAGCACGGCUAUCCUGGACCUCCAGGUGCUCCUGGACCACAGGGACCCCCUGGACCAGUUGGACCUGCAGGAUCACGCGGACCUCAAGGACUUCCCGGACAUUCCGGUGAAAAAGGCGACAGGGGAGAGAUCGGACCUCCGGGUCUACCUGGACAACCGGUGCUUGCUGUUAUGUUGUUGCGGCUCGGUCAAACAUACGAAGUUCCUGCGCAGAGUGGAGCAGCUGUACCGGGUCCACGAGGUCCGCCAGGACUUCCGGGUCCACCCGGAGAGAAAGGCGAACCGGGAGGACCUGGACUUCCUGGACAGCCAGGAUCGCUGGGAUUGCCGGGCCCACCUGGUCCCAUGGGCAUGCGCGGUCCGCCGGGAGAAGGUAGACCG